CAAGAACCAGACGCAGGCUAUUAGAUGGUGUGGUGUUUUGGAGAAGUGAUCAAUUAUCGUUCAUCGUGUGCAUCACAGUAUUAACCCUUCAGCCUUGUAGUUUUCAGUCGGGUCAAGUAUAUCGAUGGUUCCUCUGCUUUUUUCAACAUUUUCUGAGCAAACUUAUAGUUACAGAAACGAAAGCAAUAUAUAGCAAAAUGUCGUCCGUUGCGAGCUCGAGCACACCUAUCCCAGCUUCCGAGGUCCUUGUGACGCUUGGGGGAUACGACGGGCAGGUGAGUGGGUAUGACGUGGAGCAACAAAAAUUCGUCUUUGGUUACACCACGCACUUGGGCUCGGUCCGGGAUAUGCACGCGUACGGAAAAAUCCUCGUAAGCGCCUCGUCCGACGAUACCUGCAAGGUGUUCGACUUGCAGCUGAAAAAGGACAUUGGGACCCUGCUUGCGCAUGAAGGCUCCGUGAAUAAGGUGCUGGUUUUAAAAUCCCACAUCAUCACCGGCGGAGAGGACGGAAAAAUCUGCUUCUGGAGGCGGGGCGACCUGGAAUUGUUGCUCAAAGUCCAAACCAAGGGCGUGGUCAGCUUGGCUUGCGAUCGCGAAGAGAAGAUUCUGGUCUCCGCGCACUCGGAUAACAAGGUGCGCAUGUGGGACAUGAAGGACGGCAAACCGGUACUAAAAACAUUCUUUUCUGUGAAUCAACGUAGGAACUGCAUCUGCAGAUCUCCCAGAAGUGAAAGCAAGUGUAUUUCUCUCUAUGAAUUUAGCAACCGUGAAGAUGAUCCCUCCUUCAUAUCGGAACUUUUCCAAACCGUAUUAACUUGACAAACUGCCAAAAAUAACAGGUGUGGCACUUGGGGCUCGAUCUUCCAUUGACGGACGUGUGCUUUGACAAGGAGCACCUGGCGCUUUUACCCCGGGACGGCCGCAACGUCCAGAUUGUCCACGCGCCCACAUCGGCGGUGGACUCCAUCACCACCGAUGCCUUUGAAAAGCGAGUCACGGCAAUUUGCUUCAACAAGGAUGGUUUGCUGCUGGGAGACGCCGAGGGCGCGGUGCGCUUGGUGCGUUUGGGGGAGGACAAUAAAGUUGUUCCAGGUGGCACGACAGCGAAUGCUGAGGAAGCAGAUAAAGAGACGACCGCAAAUCUCGAGGACAGCGACUUGGACGAAGAGGAAGACCUUGAAGAGGAGCUGGUGGAAGAAUCUGAAGACAUGCUUGACGACGAGUUUCCUUCAGCAAACACGACUACAGCUGCAAAUAACGCGAGCACCUCUGCCGGUUCUACUUCUGUAAGUUCCAAGGGAAGCAAAGAAAAAAAUCAGCAACUCCGCCCCGCAUCCGGUAGCCGUGUGCGCUUCCUCUCCGCGCUGGGGGAUCUAGUCGCUGUUGCGCUGGCCAGCGGCGAAGUGGAAAUUUACAACACGGCCGAUGGCGAUUUUGUGAAACUGACCUCGUUCGAAGUUCCCUUCCGCUGCACGUCAAUGGCGCUGAGCUUUGUCGAUAACGAACAAUUGAAGAGCCAAGUGCAACAAGCCGGAAGAAAAGACGACAGUGCGCUUCUUGCCGCGGAGCAGUCGGAUUCUUCUGAAGAUGCGGAUGAGCAAAGCGAGGGAGCGGCAGGCAACAAGAAGCGAGUGACAUUUGACGAUGCCAGCGACGAGGAUGAUGAUGACGACUCUGAGAACGCAGGAGGUGACGAGGGAAAGACGCAAGCAACGCAGAAAAAUACUGCUGCCCCAGCAACAGCAACCACGAAACCGAAAAAGAAACGAGGGCGGCGCGCGGGGCAAGCUGCGAAGGAAAGGGAACUGCAGGAAAUCGAGCAGCUGGCACUGAAGAACAUCAACAAGGAAAGACAAAAGGCAAAGCAUUUGAAAACAAGCAAGAAGGCGAUGGACAAACUUUCACAGAAAAAAGUUGAGCACGAAAGACUCAUCAAGAAGCAGGUGCAGCAAGCCGACAAGAAGCGACUUUUGGAACACAAGCAGAAGGAGCAGGAGAAGGCGAAGAAAAAGAAGGACGCCAAGGACGCGAGAAAAAAGGAAAGGGAAAAGAAAAAGGAGCAGCAGCAAGAGAAGGAAAAUCGGGCGAAGCUAGAGCAAAAGAGAAAUGGCGACAGUGGCGCACCAGCUGGACCAAAGAAGAGCAAGGGCGGGAAAAAAGGCGGCGUGAAAAAAACGAUGAAAAAAGGCAAGAAGCCGGGACGCUGAUACUGCAUUCAAUAGAGACGACUGCAAAUGAAGUAUAAGUAGUUCCAUACUCUUCACGAGAAACGAUUGGGUUUUCUGUUUGCGCAAAGAACG